CUCCAUGGAAGGAUAGAGAUAACUGACGGAGUGCAAGCUUCUACCGUCCUCGGCCCCAGCCGCCUCCAAUUUCUGCCGACGAUGGAGAGGUCAAUGGCGAAUAUCAUUUUCUCAAAAUGGGAGCGGGGUUGGUGCACCAAAAGACAUGGGAGGUUCGCGAACCAUGACGAUGACGUUUGAAGGGCCACAAAAUCCUCUCGGACCUCUGUUCCGCGUCAUCUAAUUUACCUGCACCCAGACGAGGAGAGAGAGAGAAAUGGAGGGGGCGUCGGGGAUCUCGCAUCGGACGGUGGAGGCCAACGGGAUAAGAAUGCACGUGGCGGAGAAGGGGAAGGGGCUGCCGGUGCUCCUCCUCCACGGCUUCCCGGAGCUCUGGUACACAUGGCGCCACCAGAUCGCCGGCCUCGCCGCCCGCGGCUACCGUGCCAUCGCCCCCGACCUCCGCGGCUACGGCGACACCGACGCGCCGCCCGACGUCGCCUCCUACACCAUCUUCCACCUCGUCGGCGACCUCGUCGCCCUCCUCGACGCCCUCGCCCUCUCUCAGGUGUUUGUGGUGGGGCAUGACUGGGGGGCGUUCGUGGCGUGGCAUCUGUGCCUGUUUAGGCCGGACCGGGUGAAAGCGUUGGUGAAUUUGAGCGUGCCGUUUAUGCCCCGGAACCCUGCUGCGAAGCCCUUGAAUCACGUUCGAGCUCUUAAUGGAGAUGAGUACUAUAUCUCUAGAUUCCAGGAACACGGAGCCGUAGAAGCAGAAUUUGCUCGGCUUGGAACUGCAACAGUCCUCAGGAAAUUUUUGACGUAUCGCAAUCCAGGGCCUCUUUUCAUACCCAAGGAAGGCUGGGGUUCACCUAAUGAGCACAUUACAUUGCCUUCUUGGCUCUCGGAAGAAGACAUCAACUAUUUCACGAGCAAGUUUGAGAAGUCUGGUUUUACUGGGCCGAUCAAUUACUACCGAUGUCUUGAUUUAAACUGGGAGCUUGCAGCAGCAUGGACUGGAGCACAAAUAAAAGUACCAGCUAAGUUUAUUAUCGGAGACCUGGAUCUCAAUUACCAUGACCCACCACGCAGGCAGGACUAUAUCCACAAGGGUGGCUUCAAGAAAGAUGUUCCUCUCCUUCAGGAAGUAGUUGUCAUGGAGGGAGUUGCUCACUUCAUCAACCAGGAGAAGGCGCAGGAGAUCACCGAUCACAUCUUUGACUUCAUCCAGAAGUUCUGAUGUGGUGUGUGAUCUUUAGUAAUGGUGAAAUCAUCUUUAGCCGAUGUUAAUAAGCCAACUAUGCUAAGCAUCGAGUGCCAACUAUCUUUGUCAAAGAGGUUGUCUUGAGAGUGCUUCUUCUUUGUUGUUGUUCUACAAUAUAUAGAAAUUAUGAGCUUGGUGAUCCUACGUGAUAUAGCUAGUUUUCUGUCCCA